AUGGAGCAACAGAAAAGGAUGGUCCUCAUGGCCGCGCUCGUGGCAGCCCUACUGAUGUUGUCUGCGUGCGUGACGGCGACCAACGAACUAGAGAGCAAGAAAGCGGCGUCAGCCCCAUCUCCGCUGUCGGAGGAAGCAAUCCUGCCGAAUCCGGAUAAGUGCUGGGAAGCUCUCAAAUCGGUUCCGGGAUGCGCGGACGCGAUCGUGCACUUCAAUCUCGGGAAGCUGACGAAGGAUUGCUGCAUCACCAUCGUCGAUAUCACCGACGAUUGCUUAGGCCUUAUCACCGGCAACUUCUACACCAAACUUAUCCUCAAGACCGCAUGCCAAGCCCUUUAA